CUUUGAGCUGUAGAAAGCCACUUUACUUCCUCUUUAACUUGAAAUCAAACAUAUGAUUAAGCGCAUCUAAUACCUCCAUUGUUGAAGCAAACCAAAUUAAUCAUGUCAGAAGCCAGAAAUGACUUGAAACAUAUUGCUGUGCUAGCAUUCCCCGUUGCAACUCAUGGUCCUCCACUUCUUUCUCUCGUUAGGAGGCUGUCUGCUUCUGCUUCAUAUGCAAAGUUUUCAUUCUUUAGCACAAAGGAGUCCAACAGCAAACUUUUCUCCAAGGAGGACGGGCUGGAAAACAUAAAACCGUACAACGUUAGCGAUGGUUUGCCUGAGAACUACAACUUUGCAGGGAAUCUCGAUGAAGUAAUGGAUUAUUUUCUUAAGGCGACGCCGGGGAAUUUUAAGCAAGCAAUGGAAGUGGCGGUGAAAGAGGUAGGGAAGGAUUUUACUUGCAUCAUUAGUGAUGCAUUUCUUUGGUUUGCAGCGGAUUUGGCUCAGGAAUUGCAUAUCACUUGGGUGCCCCUUUGGACCUCAAGUUCUCGUUCCCUCCUCUUGGUCCUUGAAACCGAUUUAGUCCACCAGAAAAUGAGAAGCAUUAUUAAUGAGCCCGAAGAUAGAACAAUUGACAUUCUUCCAGGAUUUUCUGAACUACGUAUUUCUGACAUACCUAAGGAACUAUUCCUUGACGUUAAGGAAUCACAAUUUGCAGCAAUGUUGUGUAAAAUGGGAUUAGCAUUACCACAGGCAGCUGCUGUUGCUUCAAACUCUUUUGAAGAAUUAGACCCCGAUGCGGUGAAUCUGUUCAAGUCAAGGCUCCCCAAGUUUCUCCACAUCGGCCCCUUCGUGUUGACAUCUCCAGAUCCGUUCAUGUCUGAUCCACACGGUUGCCUGGAGUGGCUGGACAAGCAGAAACAAGAAUCUGUGGUGUACAUUAGUUUUGGAAGUGUGAUAACGCUACCACCCCAAGAGUUAGCAGAGUUAGUAGAAGUGCUAAAGGAAUGCAAGUUGCCAUUUCUUUGGUCAUUUAGAGGCAAUCCUAAGGAAGAAUUGCCUGAAGAGUUCUUAGAAAGGACUAAAGAAAAGGGAAAAGUAGUUUCAUGGACUCCGCAGUUAAAAGUCUUGCGACACAAAGCAAUCGGAGUGUUUGUGACACAUAGUGGGUGGAACUCGGUUUUGGAUAGUAUAGCUGGAUGCGUGCCUAUGAUUUGUAGGCCAUUCUUUGGGGAUCAAACAGUGAACACGAGGACUAUAGAGGCAGUAUGGGGUACUGGUCUCAAGAUUGAAGGAGGAAGAAUCACAAAAGGAGGUUUGAUGAAAGCCUUGAGGCUUAUUAUGUCAACCGAUGAAGGGAACAAAAUGAGAAAGAAACUUCAACACCUCCAAGGUCUUGCUUUGGAUGCCGUGCAAUCAAGUGGUAGCUCUACCAAAAAUUUCGAAACUCUGUUAGAGGUGGUCGCCAAGUAAUGUGAGAUGAUAAAUUCCAAGAAUUUGUGCUUUUGAGAGUAGUAUAAAGCUGCAGUACGUAGUUCUGCAUGGAGAUAGGCUAGUUCUAACUAAUAAGGUUGUGAAAGAUCUUCGAACUGGGCUUGGAAGAUAUGUCUGAAUCGAUUAUGUUUAUUUCCUUUUUAUUUUUA